CUCAGCUAUCUACUGUGAUUUUUGAGCUGAGAUAACCCAUGAAUUUUGGAAAUAAUUGCUUCAAUUAUAUCUGUGAGGCCUUCCCCCAACAUCAAGGUGUACAGGAAAUCUUCACCAACCUGGCAGAGAGCACUUCUAUUAAUGGCUUGGCCCCUACCACUGGUUCUGGGGUCAUCACCCAGCCAGGAGUUUGGCCUGAGUACCAUGGAUAUCAGCCCAAGCAACACUCUGGGCUACUGGGCUGCACCACUGCUCUGCCACAACUCUUGCCUGUACCUGAGAUGCAGGUCCUCCAUCCUGUGCACCCUCAGGGAUUCCAUGGGGAAGUGACCCUCCAGGGUAGAGCUGUACCCUUUGAUCGCCGGCUGCAAGGCUCCAUGGUGUUUGUGAAUGCUGUGGGUCAUCAGCAUGGCACCUCUGUGGCCUCCCACCCACUGCUGCAAGUGUCCCUUGCGACUAUGGAUGGUACAGACCUACAGUACAGCACCUCUCCAGCCUUCACAGCUCCACAAAUGCAUGCUCCCGUCAUGCGGGUGGUUGCCAAUGGACAGCAGCUUGGCGCCUCUGGGCCUUUCCUCACCCCACAACCUCAAGCACCUGUUAUGCUCAUUGAUGGCCGAGCCCUACUGCACGGUGCCCCUGUGCCAGUGUAUUCAACAGGCCUGCAGCAUGGCAAUGCUGUUGCUUUGAAUUCUCAACUGGCAUCUUUUGUGGCAAUAAAUACCACGCACCUUCAACAUGUGGCUCCCAUGCCCCAAGAGUCAAGCGCCCCAAUGCAGGUUGCUUGCAACACACAGCUGCCGAAGAUUGCUGCUGGGCUUAGCAGCGCCAACCCGACCAGGCCUGCACCGGGGGUGAAGCCUCCAUCCCGGCAGUGCCAGCAGGAUCCCAAGGCUUCUUCCUCCUACAUGCCUGGAUCUGCAUCAUACACUCAAAGCUGUGGCACAACUGCUUCCUCAAGGCCAGUGGCAACUAAAUCCACUGUUGACAAGUCCAAGAAGACCUGGGAUGAGGACCUGCGAGCCAUGCUUGAGUGCCCUGCGCCCAGCAGCAUCAUUUUCUCACAGGAGAGCCUGGUGGCUAAAAAAGAAGCAAAGAAAAGGCGAGCAGAACGUGCCAAGCAGAAGGACAAGGGUUCCUCCACCAACACCCAGGCACCAAAUACAACCCUCACCAAGAUCACCCAAGACCAGGCACCUAAAAAGGCUGUGACUGAGAUCAACAAAGAUCAGGAAGCUAAGACAUGCCCCACCUGGGUGGGCAAAGCCAACACUGUCCUGCCCAAGGAGUCCAAGGAGGCUGGGAAGAACAAAGACAAGAAAAGAAAGCAUAAACCUGACGCAGAUGAGAUGAACAAGAGGAAGGAGAAACGCUGUAAGAAAGCAAAGCAGGACGAUGUUUCCCAAACAUCUCAGUCUGUAAACAUCCCGUUUACCAGUCGUUUCAAAGUUCCAAAGAAGCCAAAUUACAAUGCACCUGUGUGCAGUACAAACGCUGGAAAGGUGGCCCGCCUUGCACCCAGCCAGCAGCACAAGCCUGCCCAGCUUCUGUAUGACGCAAGUUUCAUCGAGGCCUGUACACCUCUGCGCCCUCCACAGCGUCCCCGUCACCACGGUCAGCGCCACCAUGGUCACCAACAACAGAGCCGUUCACAGCCAAGCCACCCCCAGCACGCUGCCAGCAGCGCAAACUAGCUGUACAUGUGUCCAAGCGAAGACAACUGGGUGAUGUGAAGAAGUUUGAGGAGUGCAAGUAUGGAGCCAGGGAUGAACAGGACCAUAAACCUUUAGUCUACUGUCUUGCCCCUGUUAUAUCAGAUGACUCUUUUACAUUUGGCCCAGGAUCUGUUUUAGUCAACUGAUGAUUAAUACUAUGUUUGGCUGGUAUUCAAUGACGCCAUCACUUAUGAAAUUGUUACAUUUAAAUGAAAAUAAAUUAUUAUUAUGAUUAUUAUUAUUAUCAAUAA